AUGGAAAAGGAGUUCAUGAACCUCACGGGCUGCAAAUACAGUGUGGCCCAGCAGUAUCUUAGACGGAAUGGCGGUCGUGUAGAGUACGCUUUAAAUGACUAUUAUGACCAUGUGGAUGCUAUAGGGGGUAUGCGUCAAUCUUACAGUCCUCGGUUAGUUGGGAUCUUUGAGAAAUAUACAACUGUUGGUCAGGCGACACAGUGGGACACCACGGGACUCAUAAGAUACAUAGAAGAUUUGGGUGUUUCCAUAGAAGAUCCACUGGCCCUUUGUCUCGCGGAAAUGCUUUGUAUCAAGGAUUUAACAAAGCCGUUGUCUAGAGAACAGUUUUUGGAUGCAUGGACGGACCAAUGCUGCGAUACCCUAGACCAAAUGAGAGCACAUCUCCAAACCCUAGAGGCGCGACUAGAAACUGAUAAAGACUACUUCAAGUCGAUAUACUUGUAUAUUUUCCCGCUUAAUGCAGAUGAAACGACCCACCAUAUGCCGAAAGACGUUGCUGUAGAGUAUUGGAAUAUUUUGUUCAAAACAAAGAAAUAUGCGUUGAAGGUUUCUGACUCACGCAUUGAAUCCUGGCUUGCGUUCAUCAAUGCUGGUGAAUCAGACCCAAGACGUCAGAAUAUAUCAUGGGAUACAUGGCGCAUGUUUUACAAGUUUGUGGAACAGUACCCUGAUGACAACAGCUUGAAAGAUACAUACGACGAAAUGGCAUCCUGGCCAUUGCUAAUUGAUGAGUAUUACGAGUAUUUAGAAGACAAUAAUAUCUAG